AUCAGGAAGCAUUCCGGGGCAGCUUGGGAGGGAUUUGUCCAGACACAAUCAGCCUGUGUGGACAGCCUUGUCCUGGAUGCGUUCCUAUUCAUUUGGUUUCCCAUUCUUCUCGUGGAUGGCUCACUAAUCCAGGCAAAAACCUAUUAACUGGCUCUCCAGCUGACAGGAAGAGGCAGAUGGACAGUUUGUAUUUAAAUCAGCAUGUUUGGCACUGAGCACUUCAGGGUGAGGAGUCAUGUAAAUUAGGGUCUAAACAUUGUGCAUGGUGGGUGAGUUUUUUUUUUGGCCUGGACAUGUUUAAAAACAAACUCUCUUUUUAAGAUAAAAUAACUCUGAUCUCUGGGUAACUGGUAUUAUUUGGGCGAGUGAGGCUUCUCGUUGAGUUUCCAGUGAAACCACUAGAGGGGGACAAACUAUGUGACCAUGUAAUAGGGUGGCGUGCAGAGAAUAACCCCACUCAUGCAAUUUCCUGCAGGUGAAGUUGGUUUGCAGCUCACAAUGUUGGGAAAAGUCGCCAUCUGACCCGGAAAACAAACAUUUUGCGCAUCCGUGCAAAAGUUGCAAAUUGACGUGAGUCAGCUUGGAGCCAGCAGUCUGCCAGAAGUUAAGGACCGACUCUUUGACCUCCCUCCCCCCUCACCGCGCUCCUGUCCGCACUACACAGGCAGAUCUUCCCCCUGGCUGAUCAGCAUGACAAAGCACUGGCCGGAGCCGAGCCUCUUGGCACCACCCGCUCCGUCCCACAUCGGAGAACACCACGACCAUCAACUUGACUUCCACAGAAAUGCGCAGCAGAGUUUUCCGGCCAGCGGCGUAACGCGGAACUCUACGGCCCAACAUUGGUCCCUCCACCCGGCUCAGAUGGUUCCCCAGCAGCCGCCGCGCUUGGAGAAACACGCGGCGCGCUCCGGACAUCUCACUAGUGCCACGGCAUUCAUGGAUAAAACCGCACCACCGCGCGCAUCGUACCCAGAUGCACAAGAUGCCAUGCCCAAACAGGAAACCAUUCAGCAAGACUCGUGCAACAGUGAAAGUAAGAACAGUAGAACCAGCGAUGGCAAGAAAAAGAACUAUAAGCGGUACCCGAAACCACCGUAUUCAUAUCUUGCUAUGAUCGCCAUGGUCAUCCAAAGAUCCCCGGAGAAGAAAUUGACAUUAUCUGAGAUCCUGAAGGAGAUCAGCACACUCUUCCCAUUUUUCGAAGGAAACUACAAGGGCUGGCGGGAUUCAGUGCGACACAACCUCUCCUCGUACGAUUGCUUUGUUAAGGUGCUGAAGGACCCAGGUAAGCCUCAGGGCAAAGGCAAUUUCUGGGCAGUGGAGCUGAGCCGUAUUCCACUGGAUCUCCUCAAGAGGCAGAACACGGCCGUGUCGCGCCAGGACGAGACAAUCUUUGCCCAGGACCUGGCUCCCUACAUCCUACAGGAACACAAGCCAGAAUCUGAGCCCACCCCCGACCCCGUGACCUGCCUGCCUCCCACGCGCUCCGGAAACCCCUCCCCGCCACAGGAGGACUUGUUCCGACCCAAGCUGGACUCGUCGUUCGCCAUCGACUCCCUGCUGCACAGCCUCAGGCCAACUAGUGCUUCUGAGGACGUGGAUGUGACCACCAGGGACUGCUGGGCUGAGGUUGAGCACCCUCGGCCUUCUCCCCCUCCACGGCCACGCUACGCGUCCUCUGCCCGCAGCGCCUCUGCCAGCUCUGCCAGCCCGGCUUCCACCUCGUCGUCCUCAUCUGAUGAAGAGUGGAAGGGACCGCCUCUGUCUGGGAAGCGUGUUCCUACAGAUGGCGAAGCCGGGUCUUAUGGUUAUGAGGAUUAUAGGCCACCGCUGCACAAAUCAGCCAGACGGGAGGCCGUCGCACCUCCGUGGGAGCUCCCUACGUCCUACGCCAAAUACGCUCCCCCAAAUGCGGUUGCCCCACCCAGCAUGCGGUUCAAUGGCGGCCCGCUAAUGCCGCUGCAUGGCGGACUACCCCUUUAUAGCUACAGUAGUUCCCCUGUUGCACCUGGCCACUUCUUAAGUCAUGCAUAUUGGCCUAUCCUCCCCAGUGGGCGAGUUUCUGUUCAAGCCCCUCCCCUCAUCAUGGACCUGGACAAUAUGUUGCAGUCUGUGCCUCCAAAUAAGAGCGUGUUUGAUGUCCUGGUGCCAACAAGUCAGAACUCUCACUCACACCAUCAAGUACCAAGUCAGUACGCCCUGCAGAACGGGCCUCCCUUAAACAGGUACCCACAGUACUGACUGACUCUGAGUUACUGCCACUCAAACAAGAGAAAGACUGUCGUGCAAAAACACACACGGAUUCUAAACCAAUAGGAUACAGGAGCUAGAUAUAUGAUAUAUGAAGGAAAUGCAUAUCUGCUGCAACUCUUCCUAAACUGUGACUCAAUCAUUCACCUGGAGCUCAAGUCAUGUUGACUUAUGAUGCAAAGAGUGUUAAUCUACAGACAGUGCUUUUGAUGGAUUCAUCUUUUUGGCAAGAUUUUACAUUUUUUAGAGAUCAGGAUUUUUAAAUUAAUACGGUCUUGUCAGAGUACAACACAAUUUCAUUUGGAGCCAAACUACCUCAAACAGCUAUACAACAAAACAACUAUCUACCUCAGUUCUCAGCUCUUUGCACUCCUGAUGUUAUUUGCACUGUUUUUUUUUUUCUAUUGACAUGGAAUUGCCUAUUUUUUACGUGAAUUGCUUUUGAAUGUCGUCUACCUAUUGUGACUGCUGAAUGUAUUGUUUGAU